UUAAAUUCUUUGUAUAGUUUGGUCUGUUUGUAUUUAUACAAAUAAAUUUGAUUGGAGCAAACACAAGAAUCACGCUUCUUUCUUCUUCAGCAUUAGGGUUUUAGCAGAUCCCUUUUAGGGUUUCUGAAAAAAAAAAUGGUGACUGACAAUUCCAAGAAAGUGAAGACAGCAGUUGAGGAAAAUGCCCAACAAAUUGGUACUGGUGUUGGAUCCUCCAUUGAGAAGCUUCAAGAAGUUCAAGAUGAACUUGAAAAGGUGAAUGAACAAGCUAGUGAGGAGGUAUUGGAAAUUGAACAGAAGUAUAAUGAGAUAAGGAGGCCUGUUUACGAGAAACGAAAUGAGCUCAUCAAAUCAAUUCCUGACUUUUGGGUGACUGCUUUUUUGAGUCACCCUGCCCUUGGCGAGCUUUUGAAUGUGGAAGAUCAGAAGAUCUUCAAGUACUUAGAUUCUCUUGAUGUGGAGGAUUUCAAGGAUGUGACAUCCGGCUAUUCCCUUACUUUUGUAUUCAAACCAAAUCCUUAUUUUGAAGAUACAAAACUGGUCAAGACAUAUACAUUCCUUGAUGAAGGAUCAACAAAGAUAACUGGUACAGCUAUUAAGUGGAAGGAAGGCAUGGGUGCGGCCUAUGGUGUUAAUCCUGAGAUGAAAGGGAACAAGAGGCCAGCAUCAGAAGACAGCUUUUUUAGUUGGUUUUCUGAGACUCAGCUGAAAGACAUUGCGGAUGGGCUUAGUGAUGAGGUGGGCGAGAUAAUUAAGGAGGACUUAUGGCCUAAUCCGCUGAAAUAUUUUAACAAUGAAGCUGAUGAAGAAGAUUCUGAUGGGGAUGAGGACGAUGACGAUGACGAUGAUGAUGAAGAGGAUAAUGAUGAUGACGAUGUGGAUGAUGAGGAUGACGGCUGAGCUCUUUAAUUUAUCCCUUCUUCUAAGCUCCGCUCAAAUUGGUGUCAAAUAUAACUUUAAAACUUGUUGCAUAAUCAAAACUCAUAGGUAGCUUUGCCAUCUGAUUAACAGUUUUCUUUUUUUUAAAAAAAUACUAUUUCGUAGUUAGCCAAGUGCUGGUGGAUUUACCUGGGAUGGAUAUAGUAAGAUGCUUUUGAUACACCAAAACUCUUCAAUCCUGGCCUCAUUUGAUUAGCAAGUUGUGCUUUUCGUUGUCAAAAGGGUACCCAUGGUGCUCUACAAUGUGAUGAGUUUAGAUCGGUUUA